AUAAUGAUAAAAGCUUAGACGUUAGACUUAAACGUUAGACAUUUGAAGAGAGCAGUAAAGCGAACUGUUUAAGACAGGAAGAAAUCUGGUACGAAGUUUGGAAAAAUUUUGAAUUGAUAUUUCAGAAUUCUCAUCAUCUUCGUUUCCAGAAUAAAGAGAUAUAAAAAUAAAAAGAGGAGAGAGAGAAAGAGAGAAAGAGAGAAAGAGAGAGAGAGAGAGACGAAAAAACAGAGAUAAUGAUCAAAGCUAAGACGUUAGACUACGUUCAAAGAGAGCAGUAAAGCGAACUGUUUAAGAGAGGAAGAAAUCUGGUACGAAGUUUGGAAAAAUUUUGUAUUGAUAUUUCAGAAUUCUCAUCUCCGAAGCAAUGGCGGACGAACAUGUCGAAAACACGUGUGAAGACAAUGUAAGCGAGGUUGAGAACGAAAAUCAGGAGAAUGAUGAUAAAGACGAAAAUGAUGGAAAUCAGGACGAAAAUGAUGGAAAUAAGAACGAAAAUGAUGGAAAUCAGGACGAAAAUGAUGGAAAUCAGGACGAAAAUGAUGGAAAUCAGGACGAAAAUGAAAAAGUAUUAAACAGAAAAAAAAGAUUUAUAAUCAAUAAUUACAAAUAUCCACCACAGCUUGAUCAUAAAGGUGAAAUGAAAGAACUAUAUACACCUUAACUAAUAUGAAUGUUA